ACUCGAAUGAUCUGAGCGAGGGAGCGGACGGGCGUGCAUGGCGUGUGAGGUUUCCCGCCAUUUUCUGCCUUUUCCUCCUCUCCUCGUGACUCUGCUGCCUUGGAUCCCUCUACAUAAGGCCUCCACGUGUCAUAGUGUCCGGUGGUGAGGGAGGUUACGUUAUAAGGGAGGAUACGGGGUGAUUAUCUCCCUUAGUGUUAUGUGCAGCGUCCACCCCUAGGGCUACACUAUGGAGCCAACCUCAACCUCGGACAUGGACGACUCCAGUGACACCGUGCAGCAGCUCCGCAAGAGGAUAGGAAUCAGCAGCUCACUCUCCAUAUUCAAGGUCCCGAGACCCAAGAGUGCUGCCCAGAAACAUCCAAAACAGGGCACAGCAAGAGUGGGUGACGAUGCGAGGGAGUGCCGGAGACCUACAGAGUGCCACCAGGAGCACCAGCAGGUUAGGCAGGCAGAGGCAACAGUGAGGCAGGGAAGGGAAGACCAUGGCGCUUACGAACAGGAGUGUAAGAUGGAUGCGAGUCAUGAGGGAGCUGCCAGACCCACAGACAGGGGGUGGUUUAGGGAGCUGGCGGACAUUGGAGUCAACACACCCACAACGACUCACUCCCUGCUGGUGGGGCCGUCUGCGUCCUACCUUCUAACCUCAAGAACUGGAGGAAACACACAGCUACACAGGAACAUGAUACAGGGGGUCCCAGUCCUCUCCAGGGUACUUGGCAGCCAACACUCGCCUUACUCCGUCCCAAGGUGCAGUUUAGCUGAAGGGGGAACCUCUGAUAAGGAACAUUGCUUUGCCCUUUACCAGAAUUGUCAACAUAAGCUUGCACAGGGAGCCAACAACAAUUUUCAGCAGCCAGGUGGUGUGCCAUUCCUAGUAGAUAAGGGAACCCAAAGCCAGUCACAGAGAGGUAGCCAGAGGAGGGUACAGCCUGGGCAACCCUCACCCUCAUCAGAAUUGGGGUCAUCCAAGCAAACAAAGAUCAUGAUACUUUUCCCAGCAAUGCCUGAGAAAGACGAGAACCAACUCAUCACCAUAUUUUCUGAGAUCUCCAGACUGCAUGGGUGUGAGUUCUCCAUGGACAAGAAGGACUGCACGCUGAGGAAGGUCACCUCCAACCCACCACCAGUCAGACAUCCCUCGGCCACAUCCCAGCAGGCCACACCAGCGGAAAGUGUCGCCAAGAGAAAGCCACCAGUCAGACAUCCCUCGGCCACAUCCCAGCAAGCCACACCAGUGGAAAGUGUCAGCAAGAGGAAGCCACAAGACACGGCGGGCAGGAGGCAGAGACCAGCACCCUCACACCAAUGGGCCUUCUUGCAGAACCUCCAGGCGCGGCUUCUGGCAGUUGGGACGCAGCUCGAGGCCAUAGAUAUGACGUGGGAGUCGCCAGGAGAGAGCAGCGACUCCGAUGAUUCUCUGCCGCUGUUUCCGGAGGUGGUCAUGGGCACCUCCCCACCACCUACUUAAGCAAUCGACGAGUUACAAGUAUUAGACUUUUGGAAACGAUGGAAAUUUUAGUGUUCUGAUUUUUUUUACUUGUUUGUUUAUCUUUUAGUAAUUCAAGGAAGAUAAUUUUUAUCUUGUAUGUGCUAUUUAAUGCUAGUGAUAUAUAUUUUUCUGUGACAUAAGGGCAGUUGUUUUAUCUUGCAUUGGAUUUUUCUAUGCAAGUGGUCAGGAAGACUUUUUUUUUUUAGUUUGCCAGUCAGUCGAUCAUGUUCUGUAAUUUUGUUGUGGAUUGUAAUGAAUGCUUCAACAUGUCAAUAUCUCGGGUUUCAUUGCAUGCUGUUCUAAUCACAGUUAUGAAAGUUUUGAAAUUGUUAGGAAGGGUUUUUCAUAAAGUUUUUGUUGUUACCUGAACAUGAAGAGUAGUGAAAAUUUUUGAACAAUUUUUUUAAUGUUUGAUAAUGAAAUGGAAUGACUUUUAUAUUAACUUUUUUUUAAUUAUUCUUAUGGGAUCUUGUCUUUUGUGUGUCAUUUGAAUCUAUUUUGGCUAAUAGAUAAAACUUAUGGAAAGAAUACUAAUUAGAAAAUCAUAUUCACCUUUUUUCACUGUUUUCAUAUCAUUGCAA